AGACCAACACACACACAUACGUUUCGUCAAGCGGGGAUUUCCUGGCGGCGGUGCGGUUGAACUUUUCCUGUGCUAGUUUUACUCUUUUUCUCUUGGUGACUGAUGAUUAAUGUGCACACAACAAUAUACUUUUUAGAAUUAGUGUACAUACAACAUUUUGAGAAUCGGCUAUACUAAAAAAUUUCUGUACACGAAACAAAGUGAAAAAUUAAUUGUUACCUAUAACUAAAAUAAUGAGAACUAAAUAUCAUUGUACACAACAGCAAUUAGGAAAAAUCAGAUUUUAUAUAAUAAAGGCUUUGCAUAAGCAAUGUCUUCAUGAAUGUCUGAAAAGCUAUGUUCAAUUGUUGUCGAAAAUCCCCAUGUUAUUAACAAUAUAUGACAUUUAAUAGCGAGUCAUAUAGUGUGGCUGUUUUUAUAGGUUAUAGCUGGUGAGCUUUGUUUUCCAUUAUACUGGAUAUUAUUGCAGAAAACUACACGAAAUAACUCCAGAUUAUAAAGAGAAAUCUGGGUUAAUAAUAGAUGUUAAAAAUCAUAAUUUCUCGUGUCUAUCGUACUCAAGGGGUUAAACCAUCUUACUUAAUAGGUUAAGAUGCGUUAAUCAAUGGACUCAGGAACAAUACAUGAAAAAUUAAAUGAAUGAAUACAAACAGGACAACUGCCGCAAGAAACUUUUUCACCGGACAAAACAAAAUUUACCCUGAAAAACCCAGUGGGUGAGGUUAAAUGGUGUAUGUUGAUUAGUAACACGAUCAGAUUUCUUAAGCGACGGAAAUUAACCGAGCAUUUCUUUAUUUAACCAAAAAUACUCAAUGGUCGUUAAGUUAGGGUAUAUUAAGUUACGUUAAGUUAGAUUAAGUCACAGUAGGUGAAUGAAUUAAUAAAGGCUAGUGACGGGGGAAGGAGGUUCAGUGGAAGUUUAAAAGGGAGGAUGGGGGGGAAUUUUAGUGAGAGAAAAGGGUGCCAUGGCUUAACACAGCUUGCGUGUGGGCGAUGAGGCACUGCCAUGAUUGGUGGAGGGAGCUACACCAUCUUCGGACUCGGCGGGGGGGAGGGGGACCAUGAUAUAGGCGGCUCCAGGCAACGGUCUGUAUCAGUGUUUGGAAGACCGUCACCGCCGCGAGUGCAGUGCGAAUUAAAACAAAACGAACAAGGAGGGCGCACACAACCAAAAGAAACCUAUACAUAAAGCUAGGAAAAACGAAAGGUAGGUUAGUUAUAGGGUUGUUUGGGAGAAAGGUGAAGGAAGAGUUUUGAGUCUUUGAUCUUGAAAUGUCAAAGUAAUCAUAGCAUGGAAGGAUGAGAGUAUCGUAGGAGAGGUUUUUGGUGAGAGUAGGAGAAAGAUUUUGAGGUCAUGUUCGGGUCCACUGGUAAAAAAAAAAGGUUCAGUUGCCAUAGUAGUCGUGUUUCAACAUUUUCCUUCCUGUAGUGAUGGGUAAGGCCUGUGUGGGUGUGUCAAGGUUGAACAGUCUCUGCAAGUUCAGUUAUUGCCGCACUCAGUGUAGUGUGAGCACUGCCCGAGAGAAGGUGUAAUGGUUUGCCCUCACCCGUUCCUGCACCUCAAAUGAAAUCUUCUUGUGUUCACCAUUCACACUAACUGUUUGUUCUGUACUUAUUAGUGGAAGUUUAAGUGCUUUGCCCAUUUAUUACUCCAAUAAACAUUUGUCACUAAUAUUCGUAUCUUCUGACACUCAUUGGAAACACGCUAAGCGCUAAACCGUCCUUGACUGUAGUAUCACUGCUUCGUUAUAGAGGACAUCUCCGGGCGCUUCUGAUCGUUCAUUCUGGUGUUGUGAUUGUGAUGUAGCCCAAACAAACAUACCUUCACGUUUGUAUUUGUCGUGCAGGGAAUGUUAGAAAGGUUGUUUGUCGUCAAGAUUUAAGGUUGCUGAAGAGGUACAAUAGCAGUAGUAAAUAUUGACAACCUUGAUCUAUACACGUCAGGAAAGUGUUAAUGAUGUGAGGAAGACUCGGUACUCUGGGUGUUAAAGAGGACUCGGUAUUCUGGUGUUAACGAGAACUCUGUACUCUGGGUGUUAGAGAACUCGGUUAAGGAGCUGCCACGAUGAUCAACUGUACGGAACCUAACUGCCAGAGAUGCUACGAGAAAGGCCUAUACGGGCCUGACGAACCCGCCAUCUCAUCCCACCUACUAAAGUUCGCUGCCGUCCACUGCUACCUCGUCUUUCUCCUGGGCACAACAUGUAACGGCGUGGCAUUGUGGUGUAUAGCGACAUGCACCAAGACCAGACCAGCAGUGAAGGUGUUGCUGUGUAGCGUGUUUGUGCCCAUCAUGGUGAUCUGCCUGGUGGUACAACCUUGUUUCGCCGAGAUGCUGUUGGCCCUCCUUACGUGUGACGAUUUGCGGGCGCCUUGGCCCUUCAAGGUGGCCGUGAUUUUGUUUUACAGCACCCUCGCUCAGAUGGAACUCGUCUGCAUUGCUACAAUUUCUGUUCUCAGAGUGGCGGCGGUGUGGUCGUCACACAGACACUCGGUGGGGCUGCGGGCGGCUGUCGGUAUUGUUGUCACCAUCAUCGUCUACUCUGUCCUCAUCACCCCGAGUUUACUGGGUUCACUGCUUCUGCUCAACCUGAAGAGUCGCUUGGUAAAGAGGGCCAUCAGUUUCUUGUACUUCUUCCUCAACACUAUGGUGCCUAUCCUGGUCACAAUAUCUUGCUACGUCGUCAUGAUGAUCGCAGUGCGCCGCAACCGUCUUCGUCUAGCGGACAGUCACAGUCAAUCGAGAGACAGUGUUGUGGACCAGGCGACGCGCGCAAUGAUGGCCGUCUUUGUCAACAAUCUUCUGUUGGGCUUCCCUCAUUCAGUCUACCAUCUCCUGGAGGAUCCACCACGCACUGCAGCCGUUGGAUUCCACAUUCUGUUCUACACUCAUUUCGUCGUGGACCCUGUCGUGUUUGUUUGGUUUAACCGCAAUUACCGUAAGCGGGUGAGUGAAAGGGUCAUUAUGGGUCUGAGGUGGAUGACGAGAUGUUGCUCCUCUUCUCCUUUAACCACGACUGCCUCUACUUUCACCCUCCACGUUUCAUCGUCAUCCACGCCCUCCACCCACCAAAAGUCAACUGUAAGUAGUGAAGUUGUAUCAGAAAAUAUGAAACAGUGAUCUAAUGUGACUGAGACAACUGUGAUGCAAAAGUUGGUAGCUUAAUACCUCACUACAGUAUAUGUAACGCGGCGGGCACCUUUCCAUAUUGCACCGUUAUUUGCCCUUUCUUUCGAAGGAGUAAGAUAAUGCUUUAAGGAACAACCGAAGACAUGUAAACAGGACAUUUAUGACUAAGAAACUUAUUUUGCAUCGGUGACAUUAAAUUUUCUAACCACAGAUUAUGUGGUAGUGGAACGGUGCCGCGCCAUCGGCUAUUUAAAGCUUUUAUAUACCGUCUAUGCAGAAGCAAGACACUUAUUCCAUGGAAGCAGGAACCAAAGUGGUACAUAAAAAGAUAGCCUACAUAAAUGUAUCUUUACAGUGACAUCAACAACGCUCCAAUACGGUACCAUGCUACGACCACGCAGCAACGUUCAGCCAGCGACUUGAAUCGUACAUCUCUGGCUUUUCGGGG